AUGUACCGAACAACUUGCUGCUGCACAUAUGCAUGCACGCAGGAGUGCUUCGACUUGCGAAACAGUCAGAUCACACAUAAAGCGGACAUGUUCGCGCUGGGUGUGCUGCUGUGGGAGAUGCUGACCUGCAGGAGGCCCUGGCCUGGACUGAACCCGCUGGCAAUCGGCCUGAUGGUAGCGUUCAACGGUAUGCGCCCUCCCUUGGAUGAAAUCCUGGCCUCCAAGCGCUGCCCUCACAAGCUGGGUCGUCUGGUGGUAGCCUGCUGGGACACAGAUCCAGACCGACGGCCCGCAGCUGCGGAGACAAUCAAGGAGCUGGCGCUGAUACUGCAAGGUCAGCAGCUUCAAUUCAAACAGCAGCUGGUGCAGUCCGCACUGGAUAGGACAGGACAGGAAGGCGGCGGUGGCCGUUGUUUGCAGCCAUUCGACUGCUCCUCGGGCUGA